AACCUUGAGAAAUUAACACGGGCUGAGCAGUACCACAGAGAACGUGAUGGCCAAAUCAGCUUUGACUCUGAGUUAUCCCAAGUAUCCUUUCCCCUCCAUCUGCAAGAGAGCGAUUCCAUAUGACAAAUCAAUACACUGAAAAAGGAUGAAAACCUGCACAGUUUAACAGCCGUGGACCUCCCACCUCCACAAAAGGGAAACCAACUCAUAUAACAAAGGAGAAAAAGGAAACAGGAAGGAGGCAGUUUGACAAGACCAACCAACACAAAGGUCAAGUCUGACAAUCUACACAUCUUCCCCAUCCAAAGCCCCCCAUUUCUUCAAAGAAAGGAGAUGCCUUAGGACUCCAUGGAGCUGCCCUGUGGGUCCUGGGCUUUGUAGCCAGCAUACCGCAGGUGACUCUGGUACCUUCAGCUGUCUCAUUGAUGCUCAUUGUCCCCUGACAAGUCCAGCUACUCCUCGGUCAUCCUCUCAGCAUCCUGCCUGAAUCAUGGAAGCUCCUGAUGCUGCUGUGGCAUCUCUGAUAGAUUUUGACAGCGAGCCAUCCACCCUGGCCCCCUCCGAAUCACCUCCUUCAAAACCCAGGGAUGGAAGCAGCUCCCUUGGUGAUGGGGCGUCAGAGAGUGACACCACCGAGUCGGCAGACAGUGAGAAUGAUAUGGGGGAGUCCCCAACCCACCCGACCUGGGACCAUUAUCACCGCUCCUCAUCCAAUGAGUCCUUCUCUUCCAACCAGAGUACGGAGUCAGCCAAGGACGAGGAGUCUGUGGGACUCCGGGAAUUUAUGCGGAACUAUGUUGAAAAGAUCUUCUCUGGAGGAGAAGACUUAGACCAAGAAGAGAAAGCCAAGUUCGGAGAGUUCUGCAGCAGUGAAAAUGGGAAAGGUCGGGAGUGGUUUGCCCGAUACGUGAGUGCACAGCGCUGCAAUUCCAAGUGUGUCUCUGAGCCGACUUUCUACCGUCUGGUGCAGUCCUUCGCGGUGGUGCUGUUUGAGUGUCAUCAAAUGGAUGAUUUUGGGCCAGCAAAGAACCUAAUGACCAUGUGUUUCACGUACUACCAUAUUGGUAAACCCCACAUGCUGCCCCUAGAGUCCAAGGAGAAACCUGCAGGCAGCAUCGACUCCUACCUGAAGUCUGCCAACAGCUGGCUGGCAGAAAAGAAGGACAUCGCAGAGCGUCUCCUGAAAACUACGUCUGCAAAAACGGAAAAUGUGAAAGGCUUUUUCGGAGGCUUGGAAACCAAGCUGAAGGGACCACUGACCAAGAAAAAUGAGGAAGAUGAAGAUAAACCAAAGGAAAAGCAGCAGAAGAAUGUGACCAUGUACAGCCCAGAUGAAGAGAAGAAAGGGGAGAAGAUCUAUCUGUACACUCACCUAAAGCAGCAGCCUAUCUGGCACACCCUGAGGUUCUGGAAUGCAGCCUUUUUCGAUGCUGUCCACUGCGAGAGAAGGAAGAGGUCACCUACUACCAGAGGGAAUGCUGGAGAGGAAGAGGAAAAGAGGGAGAAAUGGUGCCACAUGACUCAAGAGGAGCGUGACGACAGCCUCCGAUUCAAUGAGAAUAUUACCUUUGGGCAGCUUGGCACAUUUACUCACAACAUGUUGGCCUUUGGGUUGAACAAGAAGCUGUGCAACGACUUUCUGAAGAAGCAGGCAGUGAUUGGCAAUCUGGAUGAAGAGCAAUACAAGUUACUGAGUGACCACAUUGAGCAGAUGGCGAUCGAGUAGUUUGGAUGAGGGUUGAAUGUGCAGCAUCCAGCGAGGGAGGAGUACAGGUGGAAGUCUCCUCCCCAAACACCCAGGACCAACAACCAGCUCUUAGCACCAUUGCAAUUAACCUGCAUGACUGUCAGCCAAACUUAGAGCCCCAAUCUGCCAGUAGACCUAGGAGUGAAGAAAAAACUCAUCCUCUCCCCUUGCAUCAUCUUCUGUGUGUGUGUGUGUGUGUGUGUGUGUGUGUGUGUGUGUGUGUGUGUGUGUGUGUUCCAUAGCCACACACCAGAAACACUCCUCAGUUUCUAUGGCAAAAGCAGAAUUGAUGAGCUAUAGCUACACCAACCCAAGCAUCCCCUGUCGGAAGUGAAGACAAAGAAGAGGAAGAAGGGGCAACAUCCUUUACCGCUACAGGGUCCCCAAGGCCUCUUGCUAGCUGCUGGCUAGGAGACUUUGUUGGGGGAGGGAGGUCAUCAGACCAACCAGUAAGACUGAACGCUGGGAACUGGGGGGAGUGGGUUUGGUAGGAGUGUAACGCAUGUAUGUCCACAUAGAUAUAGGAUCAUAGAAUGUUGUAGAAAGGGCUUUCCAGCAUAGAUUAUUAGAACUGGAAGGGGCCCUUUAAGAUCAUCUAACCCCACAUUUUUCAGAAAAGGGAACAAAAAGGAAAUUACUUAUUCUAUAAAAAGUUGAUCCAGGCCUAGGGGUCAGAGGAGCUGAGUCCUGGUCUCUUGGUCUAUUGGUUGCACUGGAUGCCUCUGAUGUAAAGAGAAAUCUAUAGUCUACUGGUCUGGAGUAUUGCAGCUCCGAUCCCCACUAACAUCCCAUAAGUCAGGGUUGGAGACCCAGCACCCUUCUCCUGAGGGCCAGAGAUAUGGAUGCUUCAUUACCAGGCAGAUGACUCCCUGUUCCACAUUCCUUUCAUGGCUUCCUUCUUCUAAUAGGUGGAGAUCCCACUGAAGUCCAUUCAUGAGGAGGGAAGCAUUGAGCCCCAGCAACCCCGCCUUUCUUUGCUUGUUCUUUCUCCUUUCCCCUACCUUCUCCCUCCCUUUGCAUAAGGACGGGGAAGUCAGGAGAAGAAAGGAUAACCUUCUAUUUUGCAGAAACAAGGACAGAACAUUUUCCUUCCGGAUGACAGCAAGAAUUGGACCUGGGGCUAGAGUUAGAGAAGAAUGAUAGUUAGAUGUGUGAAUGAGGCAGUGCUCUUGGAGACACAGGAGGAUUUGUGCGGACUUAGCUGAGAUGAAUCCUAUCAACACAGAUGUGUCUGUGUCAGACUGCCUCGGAAGCCUCCGGGAUCAGCUCUUCCCUUUUCUUUUGUCCGUGACAUAUUGAGGGCAGCUUUUGGCUGCCUGCUUAGAAGGAGGUCCGUUCUUCUGUUACCUGGAGCCUGCUGCCCUUCCUGAGACCAAACAUUGAUGCAAUUUUCCUUUUUGGGCACAACCACCUUCCCCCCUUCCCUCUCAGAAAAUAUAUAAUAUCAUAUAUUUAUAUGUGUGUAUAUAAUAUCAAACUGUUCAGUGUUACAUUGACCUCAGUGUGAGAUGGUUAAGGGACAAACAGCUUGUGGUGGAGCUUGGCCAAAUUUGGGGAGGGAAACUGAAUCCCCCCCCCCCCAAGAGACUCCAUGGAGCAAAGCUUUGUAUUUGAGCCUGUGUGUGUGUGUGUGUGUGUGUGUGUAAGAGACUCAUAAGUUGUGACCCUAAUUACCAUGGAUGUUGAAUUUUUUUUUUCCCUUGCAGUAUUCGUUAUUGCUUACAAAAUUCAGCCUGUGGGGAAAGUCAAGAACUGAUUGUAUAAGUGCCCUCGUUGGCACAGAAAUGAAGCCAGAACUAAGUGUUUUUACCCAUAUCACAGAGCCUCAGGCUCACCACAGCUAGGAGAGGGGAGGAAGAGAGUAUUAAUGGGGACCUCUGUUUUCCUGGCUGCUCAUCUGUCCUGCUUAUCACCUCGAGCAGCCUGAGUCUUGUCAUUUCCUUCAAUUCUCUGCAAACGCCAGUUAGUCCCAUAUUUAUUCUUAGGGAGCUGUGGCUUUCCAUUUCCAGCUUCCCAUUGGUUUACAUGAGGAGCACCAGAUCAGACUAUGGUGCACAAUAUAUUAUUAUUUUAAAAAUCAUUUAACCGGUCAUAUCUAAGCUUCCUCAAAGCCUGUUUUGCUUUCCCUAGUGUAAAUAUUUCUGCUCAGAACCAACUUUUGUCUUUCUCUGCUUAAGCAGCUAGUUGUCCUCAUCUAUCCUCUCUUCCCUCUUUAGGGAGGGUUCUCAAUAGAAAUUAAGGAAAAAUAACUUUGCCUGGGCUCUUUUCUCCUUUCUCCUCCUUUUCCAGCUUACCCUCCCUGGCCUAUUAUCACCUCCCUUUACCCAACCACUCCCUUGAAUCCCCAGAUAUUUCCCAGGGAAUGUAAUAGAUAAGUGACUGAUAGACACUUCUCCAGUUCCUGUUAUCUAAAAAUGGCUAUCCAUUAUCCUUGGCCAGGUGAUCCCUAAACAAAUAGCACAGAGUGAAUGAGCAAUAAAUAGGAUGCAUCUCUUGGGCACUGGGUGACCCUAAAGACAGGAGCUUACAUAGAACAUGCCUGAUCUGAAUGUACUAUUGAUAUGAUUGGUCACCUCCAGAAACUAGAUGGUGGGGGUUUGAGACAUUUGAUUUUUCUUUUCAGUGAUCGAGCCCAUCAUCGAAAAAGCCGUGCAUGAUGCCAUUGAGUUAGUCUCAUUACUGGGGCCAUGAUGGGCACCAGUGCCUAUGAUUUGGGCUAGUGCCCAACCAGAGUACGGAGUCCACAGCAACCAAAGUUUCCAUGUAACCAAUGGUAGGGAAUCUCCCAACACAUCGUUCUCCCCCACUUCCUUUUGGAAACUUCUUUCUCAUUGUAUUAACUCCCCCCUUGGUUACGCUCUAUGCACAAACCUAUAAAAUAGAAUCCUUAAUGUCCCCCUUCUUCCUUUAAGAUUCUCUGGGUCUCCAUCUCUUUUCCUUAGAAGAAUUGCUAGUUACAGUGAUACCUUAGCUUUCUGAGGUCUUUGGGCUCCCCCAUAGGAUGCUUCGUGUCCAUAAGCACAUCUGAAGGCAGGUCUUGGCUUUUCCUAUUGGACUCCCAGCCUGGGAUUGAGAGGUUGGGGGCUAGGGAGGGUUACCUUUUGGAAAGAAAUGGAUUUUAGACACCUCUUCCUGCUUUCUUUUACAUUUCAGGAUGACUUACUUUUUUUUUUUACGAGGGUAAUGAGGGUUAAGUGACUUGCCCAGGGUCACACAGCUAGUACGUAUCGAGCAUUUCAGGCCAGAUUUGAGCUCAGGUCCUCCUGAAUUCAGAGCCGGUGCUUUAUCCACUGCACCACCUAGCUGGCCUCAUCAUUUGUUUUUUUGUUUUUUAAUAAAGCCUCCAAGUUCCUUUACCUUGAUAUGUUUUCAGGCACAUCUUUCAAAACUGACUUAAAGUAGAGGGGAAAAAAAAAAGAAGGCCUUUUGGCUGCUACUUCUGCCAGAUCCUUAAUUAGAUCUAAAUCAUACUCUGAGACUUGACACUUACUAGCUGUGUGACUGUGGGCAAGUCACUUAACCCCCAUUGCCUAAAAAAAAAAAAAAUGAGCUGCUAAAUCAUACUCUGAGAAGCUCAGGUGAAACAAAGGGUUGGAUGGGAGAGACAUGUGACCUGAUUCAGCCCAUGCUUCUGGAUAGCAUCAAAAACCAAGGGGGUGGGAUUUGUAUAGGGUUUGAAUGGGUUCUUUCUUCUUCUUCAAGUCCCUCUAAAGUUCCUUCGAGCUCAAAAUCUGCUGGCUGUGUGCAUGAGCUAGGCUUUACUGACUGCUGGGAAUCAGGCUUUCCUUGAGCACGGCUAUUUAUUACUUUGCUGUUGUUCCAUGCAAUUAGGCUGAGAGUAGCACAGAAUAUGCUGACCUGCAGUGUCCUACCUAGCAUCCUUCUGUCCCCUGUAGCAUCACCCAGGAAUCUGUGAUUCUGCCUCUCUCUGUCUCUCUUUGUCUCUGUCUCUGUCUCUCUGUCUCUCCCUCUCCCCAUCUCCCUCCCCCCCCCUUCUCGUUCACCCCUAGGCAGAACACAAACCAAGAUGAUCCAAGGGGUUGCCCUCUCCUGCGAUGUUCCUCUUAAACAAGGGUGCACAGAUUGCAAAUCCAUUAUUGUGUAAAGAAGCAAACUGCAGAUGGAUGUUUUGGAAUGAGUGGAAGUGAUAACCCAUUGUUGCACAACUCUGGGACAUUUGGCUCAGUGUGAGAAGCAUCUGAUGGUACCUGAGAUGAAAUCCUUGCCAAGGGUGAGAAAACACAGCCUUCACAGCUCAAGGCUUUGUCCCUUUCUGCUCAGAAACCUCAGCACACACACUGACAGUACAAGGUUUCUAUUGGCUGACCUCGGGGGGCCAUCUUUGUCUGUUCCAACCAAUAUAGUAAACUCUUCCAAAAAGCAAAACCUUGGCCAAUCUAUACAUGGCCCACUUAUUCAGAAGUGGUUGGUUUUUUAAAAAAUAUAUGGGAGGAGGGAGGGGAGGGAGAGGAAUUUGGAACUCAAAAUCUUAGAGGUGAAUGUUGAAAACUAUCUUUGCAUGUAAUUGGAAAAAGGAAAAUACUUUUAAGUGGGAGAAAAUAUAUAUUAUACGAUAUCCCUGUAGCUUACUUAUAUGGUAGGAUAAGUGUGCUGUUUGGUUGGUUGCUGAAGUGGAGUUUACUCCUAUAUAUUUGUUUUAUUGAUCAGGUCAGUAUGGCUUGGUGGUUUUGCCAGGUACAGUAGAGUCAAGCCCUUAUGAUAGCUUAAACCUUAACCUGUAGGGGCCAUUGCUGAUAAUACUGAAGUGGCUGGUAGCAGAUGAAAAGGAGGAGGCUAGAGUUAAGAAAAAGAUAGUCAGGGGUUGGAGAAGGUAGGAAUGUUUCUGCAUUCUGUGUUGACAUUACUAAGGUUGGUGUUAAAGAUAAUGUUGGCUUUUGAACCUGCUUAGUCAUUAUAGGUAGGUGUGUUCCAGGUCAUGGAAAAAUUAGAGGUCGAUUUCCCUCCCUGGUUUGAAGUCAGUCAACAAAUAUUUAUUUAAGGCUUACGGUGUGCCUGGAAAUGUGCUAGGUGUUGGGAAUUUAACGAACAACCCACAAAAAUGGUCCCUGCCCUCAGAAAGCUUACAUUGCACUUAUUCGAAUUGAAAUUCCAUAGAAGUACUUAGCUUCACAUGCUCCAGCCCCUUGGAUGGAACGGAUCCUUUGCUAGGAUUCUAUCAAAGUACCGUUACCAGCUUUGAUAAUCCAUCAAUCCAUGCUUGAUCUCAAGAAACAACUAGGGAUGGUGUGUUGGCAUUGUCCAAUAUUCUAGUUAUUCCAAAAUAAGACUAGUCAGAAAAGGCCAGGAAGAGUAUUUUUUAAAUCUAUAAAAAUAGGUAGAAAACCUACCCUCUCUCUCAGGAUUGUUGUGAGGGUCAAAUAGGAGAACUGAUAUAAAAGAGGUUGGUAAACCAGAAAAACUAUAGAAAUACAAUGCACAAGUCUAGGUUUUUCAUUACCCACUUCUAGUUUCUUUCUUCCCAUGCUGCUUUGUAAGCCCUAGUCACCUUGCAUCAACCACCCUCCUUAAUUUGUCUUAUGUCCUAUCUAAGUGGAUUCUCUUGGAGGAGAAGUCCCUCCAUCCUAGGUCAGUUCCCUGGAGCCUAGUUUUGGGUGAAGAGGCAUUUUGGGGGCUGAAUAUGCCUUUCGUUCUGUAUUAACUCAUUUUCCAUGAUCAGAUUUCCCACUGUCCCAAGGUUGACUCUGACUUCUAGCAGUGCAAACAAUAAAUCAAAGCCCACCCUCUGUUACCUGGAGUUCCUGGGAAUUGAGUGUGCUUAUUAAUUAAAUACAUACUCAGGUUAAGAGAAAGUUAUCUAUGGAUGACCGAUUUUCAGAGCAUAAGAAUAAGAAAUCACUCAACAUGAAAACCACCUUGAAUGCUAUAGAAUCUUUGACUCAAGAGAUCUGAGGUCGUUCAGUGCUGAGUCUUAUUGUGGACAGGUGAGAAUGUAAUGUGAUACGGGUUAAUAGAAUGCCUGCUCAACCUGUCUUCUACCCUAUGGAACAUUAUAUCACCUACCAAGUCAAGAUAACACUGUCUAAAGAAUUCUUUGUGAUUUCCUGGACAUUCCUACAAUGCAAGAGUGUAAAAUGUCAUAUGAAAUAGGUGAACUGUUGAGCAAUUCUUGUUUUCCCCUUUAUUUCUGACUUUAUGAAACAGUGCCGGACACCCUCUCCCACUAGCUUUAAUAGAUGUCUAAUCACAUCUCUGUCUAAUGGAGGCAGAAGUUGUUAAUUCCCUUGCAUAUCCCACUUCCUCUGACCUUUGAUUGUGAUUUAAAUUCUCUCUGUGACAACUUCUAAGUGCUGUUUUGCAAAGUUAACAGGAACCCGGUAUGAAUAUCUUAACACAGUAAUGAGAAGAAAAUAUUCUGGCUGUCCCAGAUAGAAGAAUGUGGAAUUGUAAGAAACUGAUUGAUUCAGGUUGGUUAUUGGGGAGGGACCAGUAACAAAUCACUGACUUCCAAGGACCUGGGUUUGGCUAGAGGCUCUACUGCUUCCUACACUGUCUCCAGUUCCAUCUCUGAUGCUCACUGCUUGUCUGACUUUGAAAUGGGGACUUUCUCCCGGCAUCUGCUUAUUCUUCUGUAAAACAGAGGGGUUGGACAGGAUCAGGGUGUCUUAACCUUUGUUUUCUGGACCUUUGGCAUGUGGUGAAGCCUACGAACUCCACUUUAGAAUAAUGUUCUUGAAAUGCAUAAAAUGCAAAGGAAACAGUUAUCUUGAAAUAGAGGUAACUUUUCCAUCCGAGUUCAAAGACCCCACAUUAAGAACCCACAGUGUGCUGUAAGAACCCUUAGAUGAGUUCUAAGUUCCCUUCCAUCUCCUCUGGAAUAAAUAAAAGAUAAAAAGAGACAAUGCCUAGUGUUCAUUUUACUGGAUCCCUUAUGCGAUGAGAGGAAUUGAAAGUUUUUUGGGAUACUAGCAAUGGGAGCUAUUUUUCACAUAUCCCUUUAAAAAUGUUCCAAACACCUCUUUGUGAUAGAUAAUGAUUAUGUCCUACCUGUGUUAUAAUGGUGGUUUCUACUUGAAAUGUUUGGUGAUUUGCAUUUUCUGUGUGCAUUUCUCCCUUACUCUUUGCUUGAGUCAUUCUUCGAGUUUUGUCUUUGCUCAACUGAAACCUUGUUAUUGCCACGUCCAGACAUUGCCUCUCCAAGUCUAGCCACUACAGGUUGAGUAUUGAUGUGUAUAUUGUCAUUGUACUAGUCUGUGUGUCCUAAUAGGUGGGUGGGCUUUUUUGUUCAUUUGUUUGUAUUAUUGGGGGGCAAACUACAUCUUGGAGCUGAGACAGUUUCAAUGACAGUUGCAAAGCGGUGUUGGAAUCCAAGCUGUUGUGAAGAAAAAAAAUUGUAUUGCACCUUGGACUGUCACAGGGAGGGAACAGAAAUAAAUUAUCUUUUAAAA